GCAGCGGCGGCGGCGGUAGCGCCGGCGGCUCUCGGCGGCUGGAGCCGGAAUCUGUAGCAGCCGGGGUGUGGGCCCGCGUCAGUCCGUCCCUCCUUCGACUCCGUCUCGUCUUCCGGAGUGUGUGGCUGCGGAGCGGCGAUGGCGGAGCGAGGCCUGGAGCCGUCGCCGGCCGCGGUGGCGGCGCUGCCCCCCGAGGUGCGGGCGCAGCUGGCGGAGCUGGAGCUGGAGCUGUCGGAGGGGGACAUCACACAGAAAGGAUAUGAAAAGAAAAGGUCUAAACUUCUGUCUCCUUACAGCCCACAGACCCAAGAAACAGAUUCGACAGUACAGAAAGACAGAAACCAAACCCCCGCUCCCACCACAGCUCAGACUUCUGCUCCUUCCAAGUACCACCGAACGCGAUCUGGAGGGGCCAGAGAUGAGCGGUACCGAUCAGACAUCCACACGGAAGCAGUCCAGGCUGCUCUGGCGAAACACAAAGAACAGAAAAUGGCUUUGCCCAUGCCCACCAAGAGGCGGUCGACGUUUGUCCAGUCCCCGGCGGAUGCCUGCACGCCUCCCGACACAUCUUCGGCCUCUGAAGAUGAGGGCUCUCUGAGACGCCAGGCUGCGCUCUCUGCUGCCUUGCAACAAAGCUUGCAGAAUGCCGAGUCCUGGAUCAACCGCUCAAUUCAGGGAUCGUCCACAUCUUCAUCUGCAUCUUCCACGCUGUCCCAUGGAGAGGUCAAAGGAACCAGUGGGUCUCUAGCUGAUGUGUUUGCCAGUACUCGAAUAGAGAAUGUCUCCGCUCCUCCUGACGUCACUGCAACUACCUCUUCUUCUGCCUCCUCACUUCGCCCCGCAAACAUUGACCUGCCCCCUUCUGGCAUCGUCAAAGGCAUGCACAAAGGGUCCAACAGAUCCAGCCUUAUGGACACAGCUGAUGGUGUUCCUGUCAACAGCAGAGUGUCCACAAAAAUCCAGCAGCUUCUCAACACUCUGAAACGACCCAAAAGGCCCCCCUUAAAGGAAUUUUUUGUGGAUGACUCUGAAGAAAUUGUGGAAGUACCUCAGCCAGAUCCCAAUCAGCCAAAGCCUGAGGGCCGCCAGGUGACCCCAGUGAAGGGAGAGCCCCUGGGUGUCAUCUGUAACUGGCCCCCUGCACUGGAGUCUGCACUGCAGCGAUGGGGCUCAACCCAAGCCAAGUGCCCCUGCCUGACCGGGCUGGACGUGACCGGGAAGCCAGUCUACACCCUCACAUACGGAAAGUUGUGGAGCAGAAGUUUAAAGUUGGCUUACACACUGCUUAAUAAACUGGGCACCAGAAAUGAGCCUGUGUUGAAACCUGGAGACAGGGUUGCCCUGGUUUACCCCAACAAUGACCCAGUCAUGUUUAUGGUGGCUUUUUACGGCUGUCUUCUGGCAGAAGUGAUUCCAGUGCCCAUAGAAGUACCCCUGACCAGAAAGGACGCCGGAGGGCAGCAGAUUGGCUUCCUGCUGGGGAGCUGUGGGAUUGCCUUAGCGCUCACCAGUGAAAUUUGUCUGAAGGGCCUGCCAAAAACCCAGAAUGGAGAGAUUGUACAGUUUAAAGGUUGGCCUCGACUCAAGUGGGUUGUAACAGAUUCCAAGUACCUUUCGAAGCCUCCCAAAGACUGGCAGCCACACAUCUCACCCGCGGGCACGGAGCCAGCGUACAUAGAGUAUAAAACAAGCAAAGAAGGCAGUGUGAUGGGAGUCACAGUGUCCCGGCUCGCAAUGCUGUCUCACUGCCAGGCUCUAUCACAGGCCUGCAGUUAUUCCGAAGGAGAAACCGUCGUAAAUGUCUUAGACUUUAAGAAGGAUGCUGGGCUGUGGCACGGCAUGUUUGCGAAUGUAAUGAAUAAGAUGCAUACAAUUAGUGUACCCUACUCUGUUAUGAAGACCUGUCCUCUCUCUUGGGUGCAAAGAGUCCAUGCACACAAAGCCAAAGUCGCACUAGUGAAGUGUCGAGACUUACACUGGGCCAUGAUGGCACACCGGGACCAAAGGGAUGUGAGCCUGAGUUCUCUCCGGAUGCUAAUUGUCACUGAUGGAGCCAAUCCUUGGUCCGUGUCAUCCUGUGACGCCUUCCUGAGUCUGUUCCAGAGCCACGGGCUGAAGCCUGAGGCCAUCUGUCCCUGCGCCACGUCUGCCGAGGCCAUGACCGUAGCCAUCCGAAGGCCUGGGGUUCCAGGGGCUCCUUUGCCUGGAAGAGCCAUUCUCUCAAUGAACGGCUUGAGCUAUGGGGUUAUACGUGUUAAUACAGAAGACAAGAAUUCAGCACUGACGGUCCAGGAUGUGGGACACGUGAUGCCUGGGGGCAUGAUGUGUAUCGUGAAGCCAGACGGGCUUCCUCAGCUCUGCAGGACAGACGAAAUUGGAGAGAUCUGUGUGAGCUCCAGGACUGGGGGGAUGAUGUACUUUGGACUUGCUGGCGUCACCAAAAAUACAUUUGAGGUGAUUCCAGUGACUUCUUCAGGCUCUCCUGUGGGAGACGUGCCCUUCAUCCGGUCAGGACUGCUGGGGUUUGUUGGGCCAGGGAGCCUGGUGUUCGUGGUUGGGAAAAUGGAUGGGUUACUCACGGUCAGUGGUCGAAGACACAACGCAGAUGACAUUGUUGCUACCGGGCUGGCUGUGGAGUCCAUAAAGACCGUCUACCGAGGAAGAAUUGCUGUGUUUUCUGUGUCUGUAUUUUAUGACGAGCGCAUUGUGGUGGUGGCGGAACAAAGACCUGAUGCAUCUGAGGAAGACAGCUUCCAGUGGAUGAGCCGUGUGCUGCAGGCAAUCGAUAGCAUCCAUCAAGUGGGCGUUUACUGCCUUGCUCUGGUGCCUGCCAACACCUUACCAAAAACGCCACUAGGCGGGAUCCAUAUAUCUCAGACCAAACAGCUCUUUCUGGAGGGUUCUCUACAUCCGUGCAACAUCCUCAUGUGCCCACACACCUGUGUGACGAAUUUGCCAAAGCCUCGCCAAAAGCAACCAGGCGUGGGCCCCGCCUCCGUGAUGGUUGGGAAUCUGGUUGCUGGUAAGCGCAUAGCGCAGGCCGCGGGCCGAGACCUGGGCCAGGCAGAGGAGAACGACCUGGUGAGGAAGCACCAGUUCCUGGCAGAGGUUCUGCAGUGGCGAGCCCAGGCAACUCCUGACCAUGUGCUGUUCGUGCUGUUAAAUGCCAAGGGAACCACGGUGUGCACAGCCAGCUGCCUUCAGCUUCACAAGCGAGCAGAGAGGAUUGCCGCCAUGCUCAGUGACAAGGGACAUCUAAACGCAGGGGACAAUGUGGUCUUGCUCUACCCACCUGGCAUAGAACUGAUUGCCGCGUUUUACGGCUGCCUGUAUGCGGGGUGUAUACCUGUAACCGUGCGGCCCCCUCACGCUCAGAACCUCGCUGCCACCUUGCCCACGGUGCGCAUGAUCGUUGAUGUCAGCAAAGCAGCGUGUAUUCUCACCACGCAGACUCUGGUGAGGCUGCUGAAGUCUCGCGAGGCGGCUGCAGCUGUGGAUGUGAAGACCUGGCCAACCCUCAUUGACACAGAUGACUUACCCCGGAAGCGGUUACCUCAGCUGUAUAAACCACCCACCCCUGAGAUGCUGGCGUAUCUGGACUUCAGUGUCUCCACCACGGGCAUGCUCACGGGAGUGAAGAUGUCACAUGCUGCAGUCAAUGCUCUCUGUAGAGCCGUCAAGCUGCAGUGUGAGCUGUACUCUUCCCGGCAGAUUGCCAUCUGCCUCGAUCCCUACUGUGGACUUGGCUUUGCGCUCUGGUGUCUCUGCAGCGUCUAUUCGGGUCACCAGUCCGUCCUGAUCCCUCCUGUGGAGCUGGAGAACAACGUCUUCCUCUGGCUCGCCACUGUCAACCAGUACAAGAUCAGGGACACCUUCUGCUCCUACUCAGUGAUGGAGCUCUGCACCAGAGGGCUGGGCAACCAGGUGGAGGUGCUGAAGACCCGAGGGAUCAACCUGUCCUGCAUCCGGACCUGUGUGGUGGUAGCAGAGGAGCGGCCCCGCAUCGCCCUCCAGCAGUCCUUCUCCAAGCUCUUUAAAGACAUCGGUCUGUCCCCUCGAGCUGUCAGCACCACUUUCGGAUCCAGAGUCAACGUAGCGAUUUGUUUACAGGGAACCUCGGGGCCUGAUCCCACAACCGUGUACGUAGAUCUGAAGUCGCUGAGACACGACAGGGUCCGUCUUGUGGAGCGGGGUGCCCCCCAGAGUCUCCUGCUUUCUGAAUCUGGAAAGAUCUUACCUGGAGUAAAGGUCGUUAUUGUUAACCCUGAGACCAAAGGACCCGUUGGAGACUCUCACCUUGGUGAGAUCUGGGUGAACAGCCCACACACAGCCAGCGGCUACUACACCAUCUAUGACAGUGAGACCCUUCAAGCUGAUCACUUCAACACCCGCCUGAGCUUUGGGGAUGCUGCCCAGACACUCUGGGCCCGGACAGGAUAUCUCGGGUUCGUCCGCAGGACUGAGCUCACAGCAGCCACUGGAGAACGUCACGACGCCCUGUAUGUAGUGGGUGCGCUGGAUGAGACACUGGAGCUAAGGGGAUUACGAUACCAUCCGAUCGACAUAGAGACAUCUGUGUCCCGAGUGCACAGGAGCAUUGCUGAAUGUGCCGUGUUCACGUGGACCAACUUGCUGGUGGUGGUUGUGGAACUGUGUGGCUCUGAGCAGGAAGCCCUGGACCUGGUUCCCCUCGUGACCAACGUGGUCCUAGAAGAACAUUACCUCAUCGUUGGUGUUGUGGUCGUGGUGGACCCGGGGGUCGUCCCCAUCAACUCCAGAGGAGAGAAGCAGAGGAUGCACCUCCGGGACAGCUUCUUAGCCGACCAGCUGGACCCGAUCUACGUGGCUUACAACAUGUAGCCAGCCCAGGAGGGGCCACAGGGAAGCCCCGUGGGUAGGUGCAGGCUUUCCG